AUGGAGGAUGAGGAUAACAACACCUCCCUCACCUAUGAGUACGUGUACUCUGAUGAUUUCGACCCCAUCGUGGUUUUGGAGGAGUUAUCUCCCCUGGAAGGCAGGGUGGUCAGGAUCUUCCUGGUGGUGGUCUACAGCAUCAUCUGUUUCCUCGGGAUCCUGGGCAACGGCUUGGUGAUCAUCAUCGCCACCUGCAAGAUGAAGAAGACGGUGAACACCGUCUGGUUCCUCAAUCUGGCCGUUGCGGAUUUCCUGUUCAACGUCUUCCUCCCAAUCCACAUCACCUACGCCGCCAUGGACUACCACUGGGUGUUCGGCACAGCCAUGUGCAAGGUCAGCAACUUCCUGCUCGUCCACAACAUGUACACCAGCGUCUUCCUGCUCACUGUCAUCAGCUCCGACCGCUGCAUCUCCGUGCUCCUCCCCGUCUGGUCCCAGAACCACCGCAGCGUCCGGCUGGCUUACAUGGCCUGCAUGGUCAUCUGGGUCCUGGCUUUCUUCCUGAGUUCCCCAUCCCUCGUCUUCCGGGACACAGCCCACGUGCACGGGAAAAUAUCCUGCUUUAACAACUUCAGCCUGUCUGCCACCAGCUCUUCCUCGUGGCCCACUCAUCCCCAAGUGGACGCUGUGGGCUUUGGCCGGCACGUGGCGGUGACCGUCACCCGCUUCCUCUGUGGCUUCCUGACCCCGAUGCUCAUCAUCACCGCCUGCUACGUCACCAUCGUCUGCAAGCUGCGGCGCAACCGCCUGGCCAAGACCAAGAAGCCCUUCAAGGUCAUCGUGACCAUCAUUAUCACCUUCUUCCUCUGCUGGUGCCCCUACCACACGCUGUACCUUCUGGAGCUCCGUCACAGCGCCAUGCCUGGCUCCGUCUUCAGCCUGGGUGUGCCCCUGGCCACUGCCAUCGCCAUUGCCAACAGCUGCAUGAAUCCCAUCCUGUACGUCUUCGUGGGUCAGGACUUCAAGAAGUUCAAGGGGGCCCUCUUCUCCCGUCUGGUCAACGCUCUGAGUGAGGACACAGGCCACUCCUCCUAUCCCAGCCACAGAAGUUUCACCAAGAUGUCAUCCAUGAACGAGAGGGAGACCAGCAUGCUCUGAGCCUCGCCUGGAACACCCGCCCCCCACCCCCCGCUGUGGAUACUCCCAACCUUGGAGGCUCAAAGCUAUGCCUUCUCGAGACCACGGCAAGAGCAUCUUGGGCACCCACAGAUGCCCGCUGUAUUUUGCAUGGGGCUGAACUGUGUUUUGAACUGGGAAUCUAGGGCUCAGAACUCCCUUCUUCCAGGGGCACGGCGGACAGGGCAUGCUACGGUGCUCAGCCUUGGACCAGCAUCCCGUGCAUCCUGGGAGACCAGCCUUGACUGA